CACACCAAAUCCACUUGACUUGGGUCAAUCAACAGACGCGUUGCGAAUGCAUUUAGUCACAUCAUUACAGGUUUCUAAGAGUUUAGUUCACUGUGUGCACUUGCCUAACCCCUUUCUAACAGUUGAUGCAUCCCUCCGCGGCGCGUUGGGCGAGGAGCGCAUCGUGCGCCCCGCGCCGUCUAAAUAGAUGGUGCGUAAUUCAUUUAUUAAUCGCCAUUCUCGUGGGUCCGUGGAGUCGGUAAGACGGUCUGAACCCUCUCGCCUCCGUGUUUGCCAGUUCGCUCCGGCUCGGGCAAUGUUGCCUAGUUUUCUUGUUGCGUGGAAACUACAAGCCUGCGUUGGCAGGGCGAGCUGCUGGGAGCAGGAGCAUUUCCAGGGGCGCGUCUCUCGACACAAGUUCCCGGAGCGGCGGGAGGAGGACUCGGCGGAGGAGAACUAAACACGACGACUACAGAGAAGCCCAUUGAUCCUCAGGACGACGGUGUUCACACACGCAUCAUGGGAGGCACGGGAAAAGCGACAAAGAGGUUCAACGCUAAUUGGGGAGGUUGACGUGGACUUCAGCCUUCAGUUCAGGAAGUCCUCCUGGAGCAUGACUGUAUCCAACAAUGCCCCUACUUUCAGACUGGCUUCUGCGCCACUCGGUGGUCAUGUGUUUGCUGCUGCACAGUUUGGUCUUAAUGACCUUUUGUUUCCAUCAUGCCGCUACCACCUGCUCCAAGAGGUGCUACUGCUCUGAGAGCGACGGUCUUGGCAAGACGGUGCGCUGCAGCAAUCUCCAGCUAACAGAGAUUCCGCAGGACAUCCCCAACGACACACAACAUGUCUACCUGGACUUCAAUCUCUUCACCACAGUUCCAGCAAACGCUUUUGCAGGUUUAACCCAACUGCUUGAACUGGACCUCUCGCAUAAUGAACUAAGUCAGCUGGAGCCCGGCGCGUUUAGAGGCCUCGGCUCCUCGCUGCAGUUCUUAGAUCUUUCAUCAAAUAAAUUAGAGAAUUUUAACCCUGAAGCCUUUGAGGGCCUGCGAGCUCGGGCCAACCUAACGAACAAUCCAUGGCAUUGUGACUGUAAUUUGCAGAUGGCCAUGCCCCGUGUGGACCUGGAGCCAGCGUCGCUGACGGGCAUCGUGUGCCAGACUUCUGAUCCAGAAGAAAUAGGUGUUCAAGGACUUGCCUUCCUGUUGGAACCUGACAAAGACCUAUGUGUGGUCAUGAAGAGGACUACAGAUGUGGCUAUGCUAGUUGUUAUGUUCGGCUGGUUCAGCAUGGUCAUUUCCUACCUGGUCUACUAUGUUAGAGCUAACCAGGAAGAUGCCCGGAGACAUCUGGAGUAUCUUAAAUCAUUGCCCAGCAGGCAGGGCAAGUCAGAGGAGUCUUCCACCAUUAGCACCGUGGUAUAGGGCGACUGGAGCUAUACAUAGGAACUGAAGUGACUCCCAACAAACAAGCUUGGGAUGUAACCUUCACCCUCGUGGACAUCAGUGUCAGUUUUGCCCAGCUGUUUACAUCGAGCCAAGUUGGGCAAUAAAACAUGUGCCUGCACAAGAAACCCAGGCAUAUGCAAUCAACCCCAGAUGAAUAAUUCAUCUUUCAGCAGACCAUUAGGACUUUUUGUUGGCUGAGUUGAUGCCCUCGUCAGAGCACUAUGGGAGUAAAAAAAAGGGUGGCAUGUUUUUCAGUGAACUCCAAACAUGGGAUACAAAUGGGAUUUAUCCAUUGGUGCAUGCACCUUUCGCAAAUGGAGAAAGCUCUGGAGGAAUGACCAACGGUAGCAUGAACAAGCCAACAAGGCAACACUUGAAUGUGAAACUAU